GCCUACCUUUGCCAAUUACUCCAUGCCUCGUUUCUUUUCACGAAUUCGUGAACUUGUGGAGAACAUUGAAACACAGAAAUAAAAUAAUACAAAUAAAACAAAAGCAAAAUAUCCCAUAUUAAAUAUCUCCUCACUCCUCACUUUAUUAAUAUCCCAAGUUCACCUCCCAGCAAUCAUUAAACAAACCCAUCUAAUCAUUCUCCUUCACUGUCCUUCCGUUGCUUUGUAACAACCGCUGCUCACCGUCACCGGGACCCAUGUCCACUGCUGCUCAUGCCGUUGCCUUGCCGGAUCAGCUCUCCACUCCUAUUCUAGACUCUGAAUCGCACUAUCUCCUUCUAUCCAUUUCCUCUCACGGAGGCUACGCUUACGUCAGCAUGGCCACCCUCGCUGCCUCCGGUGACUUUCGAGCGGCCGAGGCUGCUCGUGAGAUGGCUUGGGAGCAGCUUCAUUCUGGUCCAUGGCAUUCUGUUCUCCCCGUCUGGCGGGAUGCCUACUCAAUGGCCUGUCUCUACGUGGCCAAGUUCCAUUAUCGAAACGGUGAGUUCAAGGAUGCACUAAGGGUUUUGGAUAUGGGGUUCAUCAUGGGAGGAAUGUUGUUGAGGAAGGAUUUGGUUUCAGCUAUUCAAAUCAUAUCAGCAAAAGCUAGAGAAAACGAUGUUCAAACCCAUGGUUUUGAGAAAUCGGAGCACAAAUUGGUGCGGGAAGCUGAGUUUCAGAAGUCGGAGGUGUUUCGUUUUUUACCUGCCAAGUCUUUAUCUAGCAAGAUUGUGGUGAAGAGAUCUGCUCUAUCCUUGGAGACUUUCCUACGUGAACAUUUCUUAUGUGGUUGCCCUGUUAUACUUAGUGACUAUAUGACUCAUUGGCCUGCCAGGACAAAAUGGAAUGACAUGGAUUACCUCAUAAAGGUUGCCGGUGACCGCACCGUUCCAGUUGAGGUCGGAAAAAACUAUUUAUGCCGAGAUUGGAAACAAGAACUUAUAACAUUUUCCCAGUUUCUUGAGAGGAUUCAGUCCAAUAGUUCUUCUGAUGUACCCACUUAUCUUGCUCAGCAUCCACUGUUUGAUCAGAUAAAUGAGUUGAGGAAUGACAUUUGCAUUCCUGACUACUGUUUUGUUGGUGGUGGGGAGCUUAGGUCUGUUAAUGCUUGGUUUGGUCCAGCUGGCACAGUUACACCAUUGCACCGUGAUCCACACCAUAAUAUACUUGCACAGGUUGUUGGCAAAAAGUAUAUUAGGCUAUACCCUGCUUCACUGUCUGGAGAACUUCAUCCAUAUUCUGAAACAAUGCUUUGCAAUUCCAGCCAGGUGGAUCUGGACAACAUAGAUGAGAGAGAAUUUUCAAAUGCGUGUGACUUGGAAUUCAUGGACUGCAUCUUAGAGGAAGGUGAAAUGAUGUACAUCCCACCAAAAUGGUGGCAUUAUGUCCGAUCUCUGACUACUAGUUUCUCAGUUAGCUUUUGGUGGAGCGAGCAGGGAAGUUGAGGUGUGUCGUGAUGUGAGCGUUUUCAUGUAGUGAGAUGUAUGAUGCUUCUAGCGUAGCGCUAAGAUAUCAACUGUGUAUGCUGCAAAAAUAUCAGCUGGUAAAAAUUUUGUACUUAAAAUUGACAAUGAUAGAAAACGCAUAGGCAUAGGAGCAUAAGCAAGCCAAGGGAUUGGUGGUGUUUGUAAUCAUAGGAAAUUUGGUGAUAGGAACUAAAGUUGGGAGUGUGGACUCUCCUAUCCUAUGGAUGGAAGAGAUCCUGUUUCUUUUGUGAUAUUGGAGUAGUGGAUUUGGCGAAUUUUGUUGCGCG